AUGCAGUUGAGCCAUGAUCGAAAUAAAUACUUCUCACAGAUCUCGACUAGUGGGCACAAUGAGAGAGGUACGAUGAUUCCCCAAAGUGGGUCUCACUACACGUAUCUCCUCGAAGCUUUCGGUCCUCUCCCGGCGUUCCUGUACGUGUGGUUGGUGGUCACGAUCCAGUUCCCUUGCAGCAGAGCGAUCGUGUCCCUUACGUUCGCCAAUUAUAUCGUUCAGCCAUUUUUCCCGGGCUGCGCGGAGACGCCAGAAGCCGCCAGGAAGCUCAUUGCUAUCGCGGUGUUAUUAUUCCUCGGCUGGGUCAACACCCGCCGCGUGAGAUGGGCCACCACCGUGCAAGACGUUCUAGCAUUCACCAAAGUGUUUGCUCUCAUCAUCAUCAUCAUCACCGGGACACACUACCUGGUCAGGAGCGGUGCCGAGUCCUACGAGAAUGCGUUCGAUGGCACGAACUGGCACCCUGCGCUCAUUGCCACGGCGUUCUACCAUACCCUGUGGGCGUAUGACGGCUGGGACAGCUGCAACAUGAUCGUCGAGGAGAUGAAGGACCCUUAUCGCAACCUCCCCCGGGCGAUCGCCAUCUCGCUGACCUUCGUGACCUUGAUCUACGUGCUGACCAACGUGGCCUACUUCGGCGUGCUCUCCCCCGGCGAGAUCCUGUCCUCCGAGGCGGUCGCCGUCACCUUCGGCCAGCGCGCCCUCGGGGUCAUGGCGUGGACGAUCCCCAUUUUCGUGGCCUGCUCGACGGGCGGCGGGAUCAACGGGUCCAUCUUCGGCUCCUCUCGGCUGCUCUUCGUCAGCGCCCGACGGGGACACCUGCCGAAGGUCCUCAGCCUCGUCUGCGUCGAGAACUACACGCCUGUCACGUCCCUGUUCUUCCUGGUGCUCAUCUCCCUCGUGCCCUUCAUAACGGCCGACAUCCGGGUCCUGGUCAACUACACCGCCUUCGCCGGGAACCUCGUGGCCGUCGGCACCAGCGCGGCCUUCCUCUGGUUCCGCUACAGGCAGCCCGACCGCCACAGGCCCAUCAAGGUCUGGAUCGGCUUCGGAAUCCUGGAACUCCUGAUGGCCCUGUUCCUGGUGGUGUUCCCGGCGGUGAGAGAGCCAGUGCAGAUGGCAGUGGCCCUUGGCAUCGUCCUCACCGGCCUCCUUGUCUAUUACGUCACGCAGCACCGCCAAGUUGCCAGUCCCAAGUUGGAUACUUUCAUGGCGAAAGUGACGUACGUUUGCCAGAUGUUGUUCGUGGCGGUCCAUGAAGAGAGAAGUGACUGAAAUUUGGCAACACUGCGAAAGGACUGAUAGCUCGUUGUCUCGAACUGUAUUUUUUUUUAUUAUUAUUUUUUCUCUCAUUUUUGCGUUCUGUCUUUCUUUCUUUUAUUGUAUUUCUUUGUUAGUGUUUUUGAUGAUUUUACUAUGUCAUCUUCAUUAUCACCAUUAAGGUUAUCACUAUAAGUGAUAAUUUUAUCGCUGUUAAUAUUACUAUGAAUUUUGUCGUUGCUAUGAUUGUUAUUGCAGUUGUUGCUAUUACUUUCCU